AUGUCUUAUGAUGGAUUUUUCGUGUCACUAUUAAGUGGUGCUGCUGCAGGUAUUGCAACAGAUUUAAGUUUCUUCCCAAUUGAUACUGUCAAAACUAGGUUACAAGCCAAAGGUGGAUUCUUCGUUAAUGGGGGUUAUCAUGGUAUUUAUAGAGGUCUGGGUAGUGCUAUAGUGGCUUCUGCUCCAAGUGCUUCUUUAUUUUUUAUUACUUAUGAUUUUAUGAAGGCUAAAUUGAGGCCGGUUUUAAUUAAUUUAACAAAUUCAUCUUCUCAAUCCAUUGAUACUUUUACUCAUAUGAUUGCUUCUUCUGCUGGUGAAAUUUCUGCUUGUUUAGUAAGAGUGCCUGCAGAAGUUAUCAAACAAAGAACCCAAACUACAAGAGGACAUUCUUCUUGGAAAACAUUUAAAAUUUUAUUAGAGAAUAAAAAUGGUGAAGGCUUUCGAAGAAAUUUUUAUCGUGGUUGGUCAACAACCAUUAUGAGGGAAAUUCCAUUCACUUGUAUACAAUUCCCAUUAUAUGAAUUUUUGAAAAAAAAAUGGUCUCAGGAAAAUGGACAUCCUAUUAAUGAAUUAGCCCCAUGGAAGGGUGCUAUAUGUGGUUCGAUUGCAGGUGGUAUAGCAGCGGCUUCAACAACACCUUUGGAUGUCUUGAAAACAAGACUGAUGUUAAGCCAUAAAUCCAUACCGUUGGCAACAUUAACCAAAGAACUUUAUAGAGAGGAAGGUUUAAAAGUAUUCUUUAGUGGUAUUGGUCCAAGAACUAUGUGGAUUAGUGCCGGCGGUGCAAUUUUCCUAGGGGUAUACGAAACUGCCCAUUCAUUGUUGACUAUGUCAAAAUCCGAAGCUGAUAGACUCUUGUAA